AUGCUACAACUACAUCCACUAAAACUACAACUGAUCCGCUCCUCAGUUCUGCACCUUCAACUAGUCAAUGUCCUCACUGCCAAUGAAACAAAACCUUAUGGUACAACUAUAUCCACUAAAACUACAACUGAAUUGCCCCCCAGUUAUAUACCUUCAACCAGUAACCUUAAACCCAAUGAAACAAAAACCUAUGGUCCAACUACAUCCACUAAAACUACAAAUGAACCGCCCACCAGUUAUGUGCCUUCAACCAGUGCACUUAAACCCAGUGAAACAAAAACCUAUGGUUCAACUACAUCCAGUAAAACUACAACUGAUCCGCCCCUCAGUUCUGCACUUUCAACUGGUGUUCUACCAUCCAAUGAAACAAAAACUUAUGGUGCAACUACAUCCACUAAAACUACAAAUGAACCGCCCACCAGUUAUGUGCCUUCAACCAGUGCCCUUAAACCCAGUGAAACAAAAACAUAUGGUUCAACUACAUCCACUAAAACUACAACUGAUCCGCCCCUCAGUUCUGCACCUUCAACUAGUGUCCUACCAUCCAGUGAAACAAAAACUUAUGGUACAACUACAUCCAGUAAAACUACAACUGAACCGCUCCUCAGUUCUGCACCUUUAACUAGUGUCCUACCAUCCAGUGAAAUAAAAACCUAUGGUACAACUACAUCCACUAAAACUACAACUGAUCCGCCCCUCAGUUCUGCACCUUCAACUAGUGUCCUACCAUCCAGUGAAAUAAAAACCUAUGGUACAACUACAUCCAGUAAAACUACAACUGAACCGCUCCUCAGUUCUGCACCUUCAACUAGUGUCCUACCAUCCAAUGAAACAAAAAUUUAUGGUACAACUAUAACCACUAAAACUACAACUGAAUUGCCCACCACUUAUGUGCCUUUAACCAGUGCCCUUAAAGCCAAUGAAACACAAACUCAUGGUCCAACUACAUCCACUAAAACUACAGCUAAACCACUUCUCAGUUCUGCACCUUCAAAUAGUGUCCUACCAUCCAAUGAAACAAAAACUUAUGCUACAACUACAUCCACUAAAACUACAACUCAACCGCUCCUCAGUUCUGCACCUUCAAAUAGUGUCCUACCAUCCAAUGAAACAAAAACUUAUGGUACAACUACAUCCACUAGACCUACGACUGAUCCGCUCCUCGGUUCUGCACCUUCAACUAAUUGGAGCAAAAAACGACAAUGA